UCUAUAACCACCCAGGCACCAAACCCUUCCUGAGGAUUUCUACGGUCUCCUGGAACCCAGCAUUCUCACUAUGGCGCCUCACGAAGUGGGCCCAUUUCAUACAGUCAGCAAUGGGACCGGGAGCAGCGACAUUACCUCUCGUAGCUUAAAAGUGCGAAAGUCUCAUAUCAAGACUCCAUUCGAUGUCAUCAGCUCUACCAUCACUUUCCGAAACUCAGAUCACCAAUUCUGGUGGGAAAAGACAGGCUCUCAAUUCGCCACCCUGCUCCAACACGCCGGUUACGCCAAAUCAGACCAAUAUAACGAGUUACUAUUCUACGCUCUCCACGUCGUCCCCGAGCUCGGACCCAUACCAGAUGCAAACGGCGACCUUCGUUGGCGCAGCCCGCAGACCCCUGAUGGAACACCCCUUGAUUUGAGCUGGGAAUGGGGCCUCGAUGGAAAAGGCGUUAUUAGAACUUCCUUCGAGCCCAUUGGUCCGCUCGCCGGGACGAAAGCCGACCCCUUCAACAGAUACGAGACAGAUGUUUGGAUCCGGCAUUUAGAGGAACAAGGACUAGUUGUUGGACUUGAUCUGGCAUGGUACAAACACUUCACCAAUACUGUUCUACCGAGUGAGCUGGAACGAGUGAGAAUGACGGAGGAGUUGAACUUUCAGCUUGCUCCAGUUGCCGGGACAUUCGUGACUCGCGAUGUUGACUUAAUCAAGGGACCCAUUAUCAAGAUGUAUAUCUUUCCAGGUCUAAGGGCACAAGAGCUCGGCGUGUCGGGGUUGGAAAUUGUGACGAGGGCGAUACAUGGCCUACCAGCUGCACAGUACAAGUCUCUACAGCCCAAGCCUAUGUUGGACUAUCUCCAAGAGGCGGCGAAAAAGUGGAGCAUGGACGUCGGCAUAUUCUCUUUCGAUCUAGUAUCCCCAGAGAAGUCGCGCAUCAAGAUUUACACACGCGCACCGCAUACGAGUAUUGCGUAUCUCAUGGAUGCGCUAACCCUUGGUGGCCGGUAUGAUCUGUCGAUGUACAGCGCCGAUGCGAUCACGGAUCUCAAAGACUUUUGGAAGAUCUUCAUCGGUGAUGCACCGGAGGUUCUAUCCAAAACGGGAGUGGAACGUGCAGGCCCAGGAUUUUACUUCACGGUGAAGGCGGGUAAGCCAGCAACACCAAAGGUGUACAUUUCGCCCGCCUCCUUUUGCAAGAAUGAUGCCGAGGUGAUUGGGCGAAUGAGGAAAUUCUUCGAGACGAGGCGCAACACGGGGAAGAUGUUGGUACAAAUGGACAACUACGAACAGGCUCUUAAGAGCAUAUACGGAACCGAGUUCCUCCAGAGUCAGCGCGACAUUCACUUCUACGUUAGCUGUGCACUAGACAAGGACCAACUCAGAGUUGUUACGUAUUUGUGUCCGCAGACACUGUCUCGAGAAAUCUCGGCAAAGAAACGACACAUCGAGCUGGACAAGGGAGAUAGUGAUCAAAAUAAGAAAAGAACCCGCCUGGCUCAGUAGACGCUGCUGGAAAUCACUGUACCUUCAAAGUUUUGGAGGUCUUUGCAUGGCUUCUACAGACAACCGCUGUCAAUUACAGAUUUUUGAAGGCAAUUUGGCGCGUAAAAAAAAUGAGAUGCAUCAUAGCCGUUCACGACGCCGGCCUACCUGCGCCCUGCAUAUCAUGUUC